CGUACUACCCCACCACUACUACCAGAUCAACUAAUAUUCCCGUAAUUAUUAUCAGUUCGUAAACGAAUAGGACUUGUUUGUGUAGCUUAUUAUAGUACUCGUUUUCAUAUUCCGUACUUGUCGUUUGCUCCGCGUACGGUGCGUUCGCCAUAUUACGACGACAAUAGUAUCCGACUGUCCGAGCGUCUCCAGUGUUCUAACAGCGUUCGUACGUCGUCUUUUGCCGCUGGACACGUGUUCUGACGUUCAAAUUGGUCUGCAUAGAUACGAUACAUUAGGUAUUUGUUUUUAGUACCUAUUUUUGAACAUUAUUGACAUUAAACAUUCAAACUUUUUUUACAUUUUGGACCAAAAUCGUUUACAUUCAGCGCAAUGGAAUUAUUACAUUUGGCACCAGAGACAAUAAAUUUUCAUUGUCCAUAUAAUGCCUCCCAUACAAUGCCACAAAAGACAUUCAUUAAGCAUUUAACAAGGUGCCCGGAUAAACCACCCCAUUUUAAAAAUUGUUCGUUCAAUUUAUCACAUGUAAUGCCUGAAUCAGAAUUGAAGGAACAUGAAGAAAAUUGCCCUAGUAGAAUAUUAAUUGAUGUAGCUAUGUAUCAAUCAGAAGAUAUGGUUCGUCCAAGUCCUAUUGUAGAAAAUGCACCGUCAAUCAAGUAUGAAGAAUCUUGGGAUGGAUUGGAACAUACUUCUGAAAUUUUGAAAACUAUCAAAACAAAAACGGCAUCGAUGAAAGCAACUCAUAACAUGACAAAAUCACAACGUAAACAACAUCGGAUCAAUUUACAUGAAAAUGAUGUUAAUAACGUUAACAAUAAUGGUGAUGAGAAAAGACAGAAUAAGCAACAGGAAACAAAACCAUUAUUCAUUGGAAAGAGACCUAUCACAUAAAACAUUUAAUUUAUAAGUUUGAGUUACUAGAAAGUUUCAAUUAUUUUAACUAAACUAAAAUUUUGUUCUACAGCAUUUAUGGUAUAUUAUUUUUAUUUUCACUUUUUUAUAUUUUGGUUGAUGAUUUUGAAUGUACUAUUAAGUAUUCUUGACCUAUUUUAAUAAUUUUGCAAACAUUUAUAUAAUCAAUAAUGUUAAGCAUCUAUAGUUGUUACAUAAAAAAAGUUGUUUUACAUUUCUUUUAAUAGUUUAUAUGAUAUAGGAUAAUCAUUAAUACAAUAAAUAAGGAUUUUCUUUA